AUGUCUACUGAACAAAGUUUUAUUCUCAAAUCUGGCGCUCAACGUAUCGCCUCCGAGUUGGGACUUAUUCUGGUCAAUCCCGAUACUAGUCCACGUGGCAGCGACUUCCCAGGAGAAAAUGAUGAUUAUGAUUUUGGAAGUGGUGCUGGUUUCUAUUUGAAUGCAACCCAAGAACCAUGGCGUUAUAACUAUCAUAUGUACGACUACGUAACGACCGAACUUCCUGGAUUAAUCGAGAAGAACUUCAACGUUAUUUCCGGUAAAUACGGAUUAUGCGGCCACAGUAUGGGAGGGCAUGGAGCACUAGUGGUAGGCCUCCGAAACCCUGAUCGUUUUGCCUCAGUGUCCGCUCUUGCUCCUAUCUGCCAUCCCUCUGUCGUCCCCUGGGGCAUAAAGGCUUUUUCAGGUUAUCUUGGAGCCGAUAGUGACUGGAGCAUGUACGAUGCUGUUGAAUUAAUAGCGAAACACAAAAAACGCUUUGCGAUACCACCUCUGAUUGACCAGGGCGACGUCGAUGAAUGGCUAGAAUUGAAUUUGAAGCCUGCUGACCUUACAAAGGCCUGUGCUGAUACCGGACAGGAAAUUAAUAUGCGUUACCAAAAGGUGAGAUUUGUGCGCUUUGUUUUGCAGCAGCCGGCGCAGUGA